AUGGGCUGGUUCUGGGCAGACACGACGGCGACGGCAGUACCGGCAGUGCCGACAGGAAACCGGCAAGCCUGUCCGCAUCCCCAGCAGCCACUGAACAAGCCUCCUCCGCCUGGCUGUCCGAUGCACAAUGCGACGGUCGAUGCGCUGAGCCUGCACAAGAUCGGUGUGCCAGCGGCCGGUGGCGUCGCUUCUUCGUCGAGCCCGUCCUCCUCGGGCUGUCCGGUGCCGCACGCACAGCGGAAUGGCAGCCAAGCGGAAGCAUCAUUGCCAACACCGCCCCCGUCGGCCCUCUCGCGGCUCAAUCCGCUCAACUUCAUGUUCCGCGAGCUGUCGCAGGAGCGUGCCCCGGAGCAGACGGUGGCGCUACCGACAUCGCGCGAGGCGUCGACGAUUCCGCGCGGCGACGGCGACGGCAACUGGGAGUAUCCGUCGCCGCAGCAGAUGUACAAUGCGCUGCUGCGCAAGGGCUACACCGACACGGAUGCCACGGCUGUCGAGAGCAUGGUGGCCGUGCACAACUUCCUCAACGAGGGCGCCUGGGCCGAGAUCGUCGACUGGGAGCGUCGCUUCGGUCAUGGUCUGGCACGCGGCUGGCAGAUCAGCCGCCGAGGCGAGGAGAACGCGCCAGACGUGACGGCUGCCCUCGAGCGUGUCGGCGGCGCUGUCGAGCCACCUCGUCUGAUUCGCUUCCAGGGCCGUCCGGGCGACAUGACCCCCAAGGCCGCCUUUGUCCAGCUGCUCGGGAGGCUGUACCCGGCCAAGUAUGGCACCGAACCUCCGUUUGAUCGCCACGAUUGGUACGUCGCCCGCAACGUCAACGGCCACGAGAAGCAGAUUCGCUACGUCAUCGACUUCUACUCUGGCCCGCCAGAGCCCACCGGCGAGCCCGUCUUCUACCUCGACGUCCGGCCUGCUGUCACGCCCUCCGCCGCCGUCGAACGGCUGAUGCGCUGGGGCGGCGACGUCUGGUGGCGUGCCUCGGGCGGCGAGGCCCGCGAGCCCUGGAACAAGGCCUGA